UAUUGAUUGAAUUUAUUGUGUGUUUUAUUGUCAUUCAAAACGUGUUUAAUAUCUAAAAGUUAAACACAAUUAAGGAUUGAAUUGAAUUGCGAUAACAAUUGAAUGCAUUUUCAAACACUAAUCUAAUCGUGAGAUUUGCUGUCAUUUGUUGAGACAAUUGGUGGCAAAAAAUGGCCGAAUAUUUGGCUUCAAUUUUCGGCACCGAAAAGGAUAAGGUGAAUUGUUCGUUUUACUUCAAGAUAGGCGCCUGUCGUCACGGAGACCGAUGCUCUCGCAUACAUAAUAAGCCCACUUUCAGCCAGACAUUAUUACUGCAAAAUCUGUACCAAAAUCCCCAAAACGUGGGCCAAUCGGGCGAUGGAAACAAUGACAUCGUAUUGCAGGGCAUUAAAGUGAUGUCCGACGAAGAAGCACAGGAACACUUCGACAACUUCUUCGAGGAUGUGUUCAUUGAGUUGGAGGACAAGUACGGAGAGAUCGAGGAGAUGAACGUUUGCGACAAUUUGGGCGACCAUUUGGUCGGCAAUGUUUACGUCAAGUUCCGUAGAGAAGAGGACGCGGAUAAGGCUCAGAAUGAGUUGAAUAAUCGUUGGUUCGGCGGCCGACCCAUCUAUGCCGAGCUCUCGCCGGUCACCGACUUUCGCGAAGCCUGUUGUCGUCAAUACGAGAUGGGAGAGUGCACUCGAAGUGGUUUUUGUAAUUUCAUGCAUUUGAAGCCCAUUUCACGGGAACUGCGGCGAGAACUGUAUGGCCGACGACGAGCGGCGGCUAUAGAGCGCCGUUUGGCCAGUUAUGUGACCGGACGGUCCAGAUCUCGGAGUCUAUCGCCCGUUCGGCGCCGCAGUCGAAGCCGUGAGCGAAGGGAACGCCGCGAACGAGAGCGCGAACGCGAGACCCGACGCUCUCGAAGUCCCGCGACAAAGAGAAGCGCAAGAGUCGGGACAAAACGGAACACCGAAGACGUGAAGACAAAGAUAACGGAACCGAACAUAACGGCCGAUAGGAUUACUCUCUCAUUCAUUUUCAUUCAACGUUUACAUUGAAUUUAAUUUAAAAUUUUCACUAAAUUUUGACAAAAACUUAUUGAAUAAAGCUUUCAAUUGACUGCGAAAUUAACAUAA